CGCCUUCACGGAGGCGGGACCUUCCUAGGCUGGGCCGAGGGGUCCGCCUGGCUAAGCGGCAGCAGCGGAGCCCUGGGCGCGACAGCAGGGCCCAAACUGUGGGCCCCGGUAGCUGAACUGGAUUUUAUAUGUGUGUGUAUAAUCAGGGACCCCCCUUUGCUUCUUGCAUCAGAGGAAGUUGGGUCCACUAAUGAAAAUGCCGCCCCCAUCUGAUAUUGUCAAAGUGGCGAUUGAAUGGCCAGGUGCUAAUGCCCAGCUGCUGGAAAUUGAUCAGAAACGGCCCCUGGCAUCCAUUAUCAAAGAGGUUUGUGAUGGGUGGUCACUACCAAAUCCUGAGUACUACACUCUCCGUUAUGCAGAUGGCCCUCAGCUAUACAUCACUGAGCAGACCCGCAGUGACAUAAAAAAUGGGACGAUCUUGCAGCUGGCCAUCUCACCGUCUCGGGCUGCACGCCAACUUAUGGAGAGGACACAGUCAUCUAACAUGGAGACUCGACUGGAUGCUAUGAAGGAAUUGGCCAAACUUUCUGCUGAUGUGACCUUUGCCACUGAAUUCAUCAAUAUGGAGGGAAUCGUGGUAUUGACGAGGCUGGUAGAGAGUGGCACCAAGCUUUUGUCUCAUUACAGUGAAAUGCUGGCAUUCACCCUGACUGCCUUCCUGGAACUCAUGGACCAUGGUAUUGUCUCCUGGGACAUGGUUUCGAUCACCUUCAUUAAGCAGAUCGCUGGGUAUGUGAGCCAGCCCAUGGUGGAUGUGUCCAUCCUGCAGCGGUCGCUAGCUAUCCUGGAGAGCAUGGUCCUGAACAGUCAGAGCCUGUACCAGAAGAUAGCUGAGGAGAUCACCGUGGGCCAGCUCAUCUCCCACCUCCAGGUCUCUAAUCAAGAGAUCCAAACUUAUGCCAUCGCGCUGAUUAAUGCACUUUUCCUGAAGGCACCUGAGGACAAGAGACAGGACAAGCUCCUUAAUCCUCUAGACCUGCCUGUUACUGAUAUGGCCAAUGCAUUUGCACAGAAGCACCUUCGGAACAUAAUCUUGAAUCAUGUUAUUCGGGGUAAUCGCCCAAUCAAAACAGAGAUGGCUCAUCAGCUCUAUGUACUUCAAGUCCUGACUUUUAACCUCCUGGAAGAAAGGAUGAUGACUAAGAUGGACCCUAAUGAUCAGGCACAAAGAGAUAUCAUAUUUGAAUUAAGGAGAAUUGCAUUUGAUGCAGAGACUGAUCCUACAAGUGUCACUGGCAGUGGGACAGAGAAACGAAAAGCCAUGUACACCAAGGACUACAAGAUGCUGGGAUUCACUAACCACAUUAACCCAGCGAUGGACUUUACCCAGACUCCUCCAGGGAUGCUGGCUCUGGACAACAUGCUCUACUUGGCCAAAGUUCAUCAGGAUACCUAUAUCAGGAUUGUCCUGGAGAAUAGCAGUCGAGAGGACAAGCAUGAAUGUCCCUUUGGUAGAAGUGCCAUUGAGCUCACCAAAAUGCUGUGUGAGAUCCUGCAAGUUGGAGAGCUGCCAAACGAAGGACGGAAUGACUACCACCCGAUGUUCUUCACUCAUGACCGAGCAUUUGAGGAGCUCUUUGGAAUCUGCAUCCAGUUGCUGAAUAAGACCUGGAAGGAGAUGAGGGCAACAGCAGAAGAUUUCAACAAGGUUAUGCAAGUGGUACGAGAGCAGAUCACCCGGGCUUUACCAUCUAAGCCCAACUCUUUAGAUCAGUUCAAGAGCAAACUUAGAAGCCUGAGCUACUCGGAGAUUCUGAGAUUGCGCCAGUCUGAGAGGAUGAGUCAGGAUGACUUCCAGUCCCCACCGAUUGUGGAGUUAAGGGAAAAGAUCCAGCCAGAAAUCCUGGAGCUAAUUAAGCAGCAGCGUCUGAAUCGGCUCUGUGAAGGGAGCAGCUUCCGGAAAAUUGGGAAUCGGCGGCGGCAAGAGCGGUUCUGGUACUGCCGCUUGGCUCUGAACCACAAAGUUCUGCACUAUGGAGAUCUGGAUGACAAUCCUCAGGGGGAGGUGACCUUUGAAUCUCUGCAGGAGAAAAUUCCUGUUGCAGAUAUCAAGGCCAUUGUCACAGGGAAGGACUGUCCUCAUAUGAAAGAGAAAAGUGCUCUCAAGCAGAACAAGGAAGUAUUGGAAUUGGCCUUCUCUAUCCUCUAUGAUCCUGACGAGACCUUAAAUUUCAUCGCUCCUAAUAAGUAUGAGUAUUGCAUCUGGAUCGAUGGCCUUAGCGCUCUUCUUGGGAAAGACAUGUCCAGUGAGCUGACCAAAAGUGACCUGGACACGCUGCUGAGCAUGGAGAUGAAGCUUCGGCUGCUCGACCUGGAGAACAUCCAGAUCCCCGAGGCCCCUCCCCCUGUGCCCAAGGAGCCCAGCAGCUAUGACUUUGUCUACCACUAUGGCUGAGUCAGAACCACGAAGGGGGGAUUGGGUCCAGGAGAGAGAGGCUUAGGUUCUGGGACCUUGUCCUUUGCUUGUAUAGAGUCCGUGCUGACUGUGGUGGCCAGGUCAAUGCCACUUAUUCCUCAACCCCAUGUCUUAGCCCCCAAAGCUUCCUGUUGAUUCCAGUCAGCUCAGAGUAGGGAAAUGGGGCCUCUGUGCCGUACCUUCUUUCUACUGUGGAUCAGACUCUGGGGCCUGGAAAGGGAGCUCCUUGCAAAGGCUGGAACAUUAGGGAGCAGACAGCAUCUCUUCUGCUCUCUAGACAGGGCAGCCCGCAGCUGGCUGGCACAAGGCACACACUUCCCGUAAGGUGGCCGGCCCUGUCCGAACUUGGGAGGCAGCCCAGCAGAGCUCUUCUGUGGCGGGGGUGGGGCAGAGAACUUGAGGAAGGACAGCCCAAAGGUGGCAGCGCCCCCGCACUGUAUAUAGAGAGGGAAGCUCUGAAUCUGACCUCCUCUGUGCUGGAGGACUCCUUUUGUGCCCAUCUCCCUACAUGGUGCCAAGGCAUUGCUGCUGUUCUCGUGGAAGUCCAACUCGAGUGUUUCUCUAAAUUCAGAAACUGCCACAUCUCUCCGUACCCAGCAGCUGGCAGGUCAGCCCCAUCUGGGUUCCUUGGAGUUGAAAAGCCAUAUGGCUGCUUCCUCCCUUCUCUGUCAGAAGGAGCUUGGGCCUCUUAGAGGCUAGAGAGGGAAACAAGCUCUAAUACUCUCGUUUUUUGGCAGUGGAUGAUGUCACUUAAUUUCACAGUAUCUGAGUCAGUGCUGGAAAGGGUCUUAGAACAUAGAAAAUGGAAGGGACCUCAGAGGCAGGUGAUUGGACAGCUCCUACAUGAAGCAUGAAUUCCUUCAUUAUAGCAUCCUAACAAGUAGUCAUCUAUGGCUUCUGCUCGCUGACUUGCAGUAAUGGGGAGCUCAGUACCUCUAGAGACAACCCAUUCCAUUUGGAACAGCUCUUACUGUUUAGAAGUUCUUCCUAUAUUGGGCCUUAUUCUAUCCUCAUGUCACUUUUACCGUCUGGGGCAAAGCAGAAUAAGUCUAAUCCACAGGACAGCCUUUCACAUAUUUGAAGGUAGUCUCUAUCUAAUUUUCCUCAUUCCUUCUGGAACAAAAACCAGUCCUGGUAACCUGAACCGAAAGAUGAGCCUCUUUCAGCCCUAAGACCUGUUUCCAAUUUCCUUUUGGUCUCUGGAUCCCAAGAAAUCUGCCUUGCACUCCCCCUACUUGGCUUUUGCCUCCUGUCUGGUUUUCAGGGAGUUGGCCUGAGGUUAUAGCUGUGCAAAUGGGACUUCCCUAGUUUACCAUGUAACGUCCCCAGGCAUCAUCCUUGAACACAGCUGCAUUUGGUCAUGGUAGUUUUAUGUGGAAGGUACUGGUCCAAUGAAGAUUGUACUAUAUAUUUUCUCUACUAUAGGCCAUACUUAUACAGAAGUGUAUAUAUAUACAUACAUAUAUAUAAAUAUUUAUAUUUAUAUAAGAUCCACCUAUUCUGGGAUGGAAUGUUUUGUGAAAAAAUGAAAUUGGGAAGAGAAGGAAAAACAAGAUGAGCUCUGAGCCAAGAUUAUAAUGUAAGAGUACUCAGGAGGGCAGGAGAGGAAUGUCCUGUCAGUAACUGUGUUUUCAAUAAAUACUCUCAUGUAUAGACUGCA